AUGGACACCUGCAACUUGGAAAUUCUUGAUAUUCAUUCGGAUUCACGUUAUGUGAAAGAUUAUUUGGAGCGUUUUGAGAUUUGGUGCCUCAGCCGCAAGAGUCUGGACACCGAGAAGAAGACAGCACAUUUUCUUACUGCUGCUGGAAAGGAAGCUUAUGCGCUGAUUAAAAAUUUGACAUUCCCAGAGUCACCAAUACAACUGAAAUACGAAGAACUGGAGGAUCUGUUACUAAAACACUUCCAGCCAGUCAACUUCGAGGCAGCUGAGCAAGCGAAAUUUCAUUGCCUUGCUCGUGAUCCUAAUCAGUCUGUCCGGGACUUCAGCUGCAGACUCAGGCUGCCCACUGUAAUUUCAAAGAUCAGCUUCAAACUCAGGUCCGUGAUAGACUCGUUGCUGGAAUUAACUGUUUUGAGCUACAGCAGCAGUUAUUGUUGA